UCAGGCGUCCGCGGCGGGUCCCGGCCGUGUGGGCCGUUAACGGCGCCAAAGUUGCGAAAAACCCAAGGAGGGAAGCAGGAGAAGAAAGUUAUCCAUCCUUACAGCAGAAAAGCUGCGCAGCUUGCAAAGGAAGCACACAAACAGGAAAAGAAAGAAAAGUUGAAAACUGACAAAGCUUUGCGUUUGAGCAUCAUUGGAGAAAAAUUGCAAUGGUUUCAAAGUCACCUUGACCCCAAUAAAAUUGAGUACACAAAGAAGGAAGCUGGUGAACUAAUUGAAAAUUACAUGUGUCGAUUCAAUGCUGAACUGGAGCAGAUUGAGUUACAAAACAGUAUUAAAGGUAGACAAGGAAGACAACACGGUUCACGGGAAGCUGUCAUCAAGCAGACUGUAGAACGUGAAAGACAACUCUAUGAAGGUUAUGGAAUAGAAAUCCCUGACAUUAUGAAUAGAAAGCAUCUUAAAUUUUUCAGAGAAUGGGAUGGUGAUCUGAGGAAACUGCCAAACAUCAAAAUGAAAAAGCUCUCAGCUAGGGAUGCUGCUUUGAGUCACCUUGUGAUGGCAGAUGCGGAAGCUAAAGAAGAACUGAAUAAAGAAGAGUGGCCUAAUGAGUACCAGCUGAUUCAAGAGCUGAAACAGCUGAAGGGAAUUUUAAGAAACCUAUUUUAAUUAUCACUGGAAACAGGAAUAUAUUCUAACUAUAUUUGCAGAGGCUUUGCUAUUUGCAUUUUUUAUGAGCUCACUGUAUACCUAUGGUGAAGAGUAAACAGUAUAUUAUUGGUAAAGCUAUAUAUUAUUAGAUUUAAAAAAUGGAAUAUAAAUACAUACUUAAAAUCUUGAUUGUAUCCUUAUUUCUCAUACUGUACCUUCUCUUUAGCACGCAGGCUUCUGAGUUGAGAAAGCAAUUAUAGUUUAUGUCUUGAAAUUCUGACCAGUUGAGUACCUCUUCCCUGGGCAUAGGGCAGUCAGGAUUCAGACACCUGUUAGAAAUACUUUGUGGUGGGAAAUCCUUACCUAUUCCUGGUAAUGCCAAGAAUGUAUGUCAUUUAGUCUAUAAAUAGUAGGUACCCUGGCAAACUGAGUCCAGCUAGUGGCAACUUUUAUCCCUCUUUUGUGGUGAUAGUUGGGAUCUCUAUAGGUGUAUGCAGUUUUGUGGAGAGCAGUGAUAGGCCUCAUCUCACAAAAUCCUGUGCUGUGUGGCACAGAACACUUACCUUAGGUGUCAGAAAUGCUCUCCUUUUGGUGGAGAUGUAUAUACAGAAGAGGAGAUACAUGGAGCAUCAGUUAAUCAUGAAGAACUCAACUCUUGUACCUUCUCUUGUCUGAGAAUUUGUGUCAGGAACAUAGAGGGCUGGAAAGACUUCAGUAAAAUACUGAGUAGUCAAGAGUAUUUGAGAGAAUUACAGUGUCCUCACCAGUCUAUUGAAGAAUUCAGAUCAAAAUCCAAUUAAAGUCCUGUAGUCUGUUUUUAAAUAUAUCUUUUAUCCAUUUUUUUUUUCCUGACCCCUCUGUUGUGCAUUUUAAAAUUAAGUUGUUUAGGACUUUUAAAUAGCAGGCUUGCCUUAUAAAGCAACUCUUUAGAUGCCUUUAAGUGUGUCUUUUGAGAAGGUUCAGAACAGAUUCUCACUUUCAAUAGUGUA